CCUGAGCUUUCUUCUCGCAUCCCCAGAAAAGAGGGACUCUUCUCACAUUCCCUGAAACAGGGACUGCGGAUGGAGGAGACAGGAGGCCAGGGGCCAAGGCCCGGGGUGGUGACCGGAGGACGGGCCAAGACGCAGCCAGCAUUCACAGCCCUCUUCACGCUGCUCUUUGUCCUGCUGUGUUUCCUGGGCCUCCUGGCCAAUGGCUUCAUUGUGCUGGUGCUGAGCAGAGAAUGGGUGCGACGUGGGAGGCUGCCCCCCUCUGACCUGAUCCUCUUCAGCUUGGGACUCCGCUUCUGCCUGCAGUGGGUUGGAAUGGGGAAUAACUUCUACUGUUUCCUGCAUCUGGUCGACUACUGCAGCGGUCCCGCCCGGCAGUUCUUCGGUCUACCCUGGGACUUCCUCAACUCCGUCACCUCCUGGUGCUCCUGGCUCAGCGUCCUCUUCUGCAUGAAGAUUGCUGACUUCACCCGCCCCUCCUUCCUCUGGCUAAAGUGGAGGUUCCCCGCGUUGGUGCCCUGGCUUCUGCUGGGCUCUCUCCUCACCUCCUUCAUUGUCACCCUACUGUUUUUUGGGGGGAACCGUGCUUUGUAUAAAGGGUCCUUCACUAGAAAACCUUUCGGGAACAUGACCCAUCAGUGGAGCAGGAUUCUGGAAAUGUACUAUUUCCUGCCCCUGAAACUGAUCACUCUUUCAAUUCCUGGCUCUGUUUUUCUGGUCUCGAUUGCUCUGUUGAUUGACUCUCUGAGGAGACGCGCAUGGAGGAUGCAGCACAGUGCUCACAGCCUGCAGGAUCCCAGCGGCCAGGCUCACAGAGCUCUGAAGUCACUAGUCUCCUUCCUUGUUCUUUAUACUCUGUCUUUCAUGUCCCUGAUCAUCGAUGCUGCAGGGUUCUGCUCCUCAGAGAAUGACUGGUACUGGCCAUGGCAAAUUUUAAUCUACUCGUGCACAUCCAUCCACCCCUUUAUCCUCAUCCUCGGCAGCCUCAGGCUUCGGGGGGUGUUCGGGCAGCUGAUUUUGUUGGCCAGGAGCUUCUGGGUGGCCGAGGUGGUGUGAUCCCCUUAACCAAUCCAUCAGAAGAGGCUCAAGUGAGGAUGACAGAGCUACAGUCCAUUUACAUGAAAAUGUCCUCAAUAUCGGUUGGAUCAUAUUGUGGGCUUUCUCCUUUGGGAAGGAGAGGAGGGGAGUAAAAUCUGGGAACUCUUUGAGCAUAAUUUCUUCCUGGAACACUAUUAAAA